AUGCGACGCAACUCGCUGGAACCAAUUCAAUUUGCAGCGGGCAGGGAGGCCCAAAAGGAGGCGAAGGUGACUCGUUCUCACAAGUACAACGACCGUGACCACAAGGGCAUUGCCGAUGGCAGUGUCUCCCCAACAGAAAACCUGCCUCGCUUCUUUGCAAAGAGCGGCUACGUUGAUGUCGACCCCAAGAAGAUCAAGAAGGACGGUUGUGGUAAAGGCAACUGGGGAAGUGCCGGCGGAGAAGUCGUGGAUGAGGGUUUCCGCUUCACCAAUGCUCGCCGCCGCUCCAACAGCUUUUCCCACCAACAUCUCUCGGACUUCAAGACCAAGUUCGAGGUGAAUGAGGCUGACCCUCUCUUCGAGGAGCAUCUCCACGGACCUCUUGACGAGGAGAACGGCGAUGACCUCUCCAAGACGGACUCGGCCGAGAGUGUCCACUCCGUCUAA